AUGGUAUCACCGGAUCUUACAUAUCCUAGUCAGAAUAGUAAAAGAGCGAGAAUCAGUCGGGCUUGCGAUCAAUGUCGAGCCUCCAGAACCAAGUGUGAUGGGGUGCAACCCUGUAAGAGAUGCUCAGCGCUUUCGAAAUCAUGUGAAUAUUUUUUACAGCGAAAAAAGCGUGGUAGAGGCAGUGAACUAUAUUCUUUCAAGCGCAAUAACCAUGAUAAUAGUGGUAAGAACCUACCAUUACCAGUGACGGAUAGUGUUGAAGGUUAUUCAUUUGAUGGCUACAAUGGAAAACCAAUGAAUAAUGUAGAUCAAACUUCCAAAAUCUCACAGGUACCUUUUGCAGGAGAGGUGGUUCCUGUUGAGUCGGUCAACCCUCACCUAAUGUCGGCUGCCUCGUCGUCUUUGCCAGUCACAGAUCUAGAUCUGUCUGGUCUAACUGAACCUGAUCAGGACUCUACUGAUAAACAUCCCUCGACUUAUUUAUUCGAUUUUUUGCCCACAAUGACUAGUCCAAGGUGGCUCAACAUGAGUACUUUAUUUCCGACCGAGUUAUUUGCUACAUCACACUCUCUUCGAAAUUUUUCAGAUACAACUAUACAAUAUCCUGUUUUACUCCCCAUACUGCCUGAUCUUGACUUUAUACAACCGGAACUCAUUAAUGACCUGAUAGAAGUAUAUUUUUCCAAUAGCGUUUAUGGAAUUGCCCCGAUAAUUAGAAAGUCUUCAUUGCUUUCUCACCACAAUCCUAGAAAGUGUACCCCUGCUUUACUGUUUUCUUUCCUCCUCGUAUCGGCACAUGCGACAGACCAUCCACUAAUAAAAUCCACGGCGUCUACCCGAGAGCAGAUUACUAGUCGAUUAAGUGAUUUAGUGAUUUCUCAUAUGAAGGCUCUACACUCCGGAGGAACACUAGAUGAUGUUAUAACUUAUAUUCACCUUGGAAUAUUAGCAUCAAUGUCUGAAUUCAAGGGCGCUGCCAUGAGAUGGUGGCAUGCUGCAUGGGGUUUAGCGCGGUUGUUGAAAUUUAAUCAGGAAUGUCCAGCUCUCGAUGAAGAAAAAAGGGAAGAGCAGAGAAGAACGUGGUGGUUAUUAUUUCUAACCGACAGGCAUCUUUCGCUGUGCUACAACCAGAUGCCCUCUACUUUAGACUCAGAGUCAUGCGACCUAUAUCUUCCGGUGAACGAAAAGCGAUGGAGCAGCGAUGAGCCACUAGUUCCUGCAGAAUCUGACACCAGUCGUCAGAAGGGACCCGUGUUUAAGGUUUAUGAUUCGGGACUGUUUGGAAUGUACUUGCCGUUGAUGACUUUGUUAGGCGGGAUUCUUGAUCUACAUUUCUUACAAAUGAAUCAAACCUUAGCUGUUAAUGAUGAUGUGCUUGAAAUGCUACGAACAAGAUUCUCUGCUCGGUUGAAUGAUUUUGAAACUUCAAUCGAAGUCUUUAGCUCCCAGAUUCCAGAUAAUGGGGUAGGGGCAUAUGUGAAGGCAUGGAAAGAGUACUGCCACUGUCUGGUUCAUAUAUUCCACAUACUUGUUCAGGGCUAUUUGGAUCCUAUCGACCUGUUAAAUUCUAUAGACGAUCUUAUUGGUACACCGGUAUUCAAAAAAUGUGUAGAUCAUGCCAUUGCGGCGGCUAAGUCCAUUGAUUCUGUUCUUAUUUUUGAUCCAGAUCUUCGUUUGAUCCCAUACUUUUUUGGAAUUCAACUCUUACAAGCAGGGUUUGUGUUGCUGUGUCUAGCCGACAAGUUGGGAACAGAAACCUCCAAAGAAGUCCGGGAUGCGUGUGAAACACUUGUUCAUGGUCAUGAGGUCUGCAUUGUGACUCUCAAUACAGAAUAUCAGCGUAAUUUUCGCUCAAUUCUCCGUAGCGCUAUUCGGCCAACUGUAUUACCGGGCAUGGAUGGCGUUACAACGGAGCUCGAUGAAGCGCGACACCGCCGACGUGAAGUUCUUGGACUCUACCGCUGGUGCUCAGGUGGUACUGGUUUAGCUAUUUGA